UUUCAAGCUUUGCUUCCAAAAGAGACAGUCAGAAUCCUGAAAGUGGGGAGAGAGCCAGACCUCACACAGGUUUUUUUUUUUUUUUUCUAAGUGUAAAGCUGCAGAAAGAGUUGCUAUUCUUCCUGAGAGGCCUGCAGUCUUCUCAGAGGGGUCCUGCAUCCCCCAGCAGGACAUCUGCUGGUCGGUGACGCUCUCUCUUGGCUUCAGCGUCGGACAACCAUGCCAAGAACACAGAAGAAAACUUUGCUAAAGUUUUGGGAAUUCUUGUGUGCCAGUGAUGACAGUGGAAAUGCCUGAGUCAAAGUGAGCAGGUGCAGCAGGAACAGAACACAGGAUUAUGCUGGCUGCAAUGAUUAAAACAGCACUGGUCUUCUUUUUGGUGCAAAGCACUGGAAACUUGGCGCUGGGCGCAGCGUGUUGGGAUGAACGCCUUUCAGGAGCGGGAAGAAACAGCAGCUGCACGCCCUCUCAGCCGUUCCUCCUGUUUGGUCAUGGUAAAUCCAUCCAUCGGAUGAGCCUGGGUGGAAAGAACCACAGACGGCUUGUUGCUGGAACAGGAAGCUCCAUCCUUCUCGACUUUCAUUUCAGAGAAGAGAGGCUUUACUGGGCCAACAGGCGCACUGGCAGCAUCUACAAAGCAUCGGUGCAAGGAGCACACAGACAGAAACUGUAUUCAUCUGCCAAAGACAUCUCCGGGCUCACAGUGGACUGGGUUGGGAACGGCGUAUUCUGGACGAGCAGCAUAAAGGGUCAAAUCAAGAAAAUGGAUUUAAAUGGAAAAAAUGAGAGGACAAUUUUAAGACAUUUGUCUCAACCAAAGUUUAUAAAUGUUGAUCCCACUCACAGGUUUUUGUUUUGGCUGUCUGGUGGGUCAGAAAUCCAGCGAUCUGAUCUCUCAGGUGGAAUGAAAAUGACCGUUUUAAAGCUGGAGGAGCAACUUGAGGCUCUUUCUGUUGACCGAGGAGACAAACGGCUGUUCUGGGUCCAGCUUGGUCUCCAAGGAGAGCGAGCCGUCGCCUCCUGCGAUUACAGUGGAAACUCACUGCACAUCGUGGACCUGCCACUUCAGUCUCAAUCACUUGGAAUAUCGGUUUUUCGGGAGAAUGUUUAUUACACUGAUGCUGCAUCCGGCGUUAUAAGAAAAAUAAACAAAUACACUGGAGGACAACCGAUAGACGUUAAUGGAAAACCGAUGGUCAAACCUCCGGUGGACAUAAAGGUGGUCCAUCCAAUCAUCCAGCCAAUGGCAGAUACUUCCUCACUAUUUCCAGGCUGUAAUGACCAAAGCGGAAGCUGUGUGAAUGUGUGUUCCCGUUUAGAGGAGCAAGGGGUUUGCCGGUGCUCUGAAGGCUUUGCUCUCAGUAACCAUGGCACUCACUGUGAAGAUGUGAAUGAAUGUGCCCACUGGAACCACGGCUGCUCUCUUGGCUGUGAAAACAUCCCAGGCUCAUAUUUCUGCACCUGCCCCAAAGGAUACACCCUCCUGCCAGACGGGAAGACAUGUCAAGAAAUAACACCAUGUGGCGGCAUCAUAAAGUGUGGACAUGGUUGCAUACCAACAGAACACGGGGCCUUGUGCGUUUGUCCUGAGGGAUCGGUUCUACAGGAGGAUGGACACACUUGCACCGGUUGCUCUUCAGCAGACAGAGGUGGCUGCAGUCAGCUCUGUUCCUCCAUCACCCCGAGUCGCUGGCAGUGUGGAUGUCUUCCUGGGUACAGGCUCCACCAAGACGGCAAACGCUGCAUUGCAACUGGACCUCCUGCCUUUCUAAUCGUGGCCAAUGUGAUGGAUGUGAGAAGAAUGAACCCAGAUGGGACGGAGGAACAAACUCUAGUGAAGGAACCCAGAGGAACAAUCUUAGCUCUGGACUUUGACCCUGUCCAACACCGUGUCUACUUUGCCAGCAUCAGCCAGAGGACGAUAGAGCGGCUUGAUCUGAACACUGGCUCAAGAGAGGUUCUUGUCUCUGAGAGUUUGGACUCUCCAGAAGGACUGGCAAUCGACUGGGUUCACCACACUAUGUACUGGUCUGAUACAAGGAAGUCAGCCGUUGACUGCAGUACACUAGACGGACUGAAGAGGAAAACUGUUGUGAAAGAAGGGCUGGAAAAGCCCAGAGGAAUUGCGGUUCAUCCCCAAGCAAAGAAGUUAUUCUGGACAGACACCGGCGCUCAGCCUGUGGUGGAAAGCGCCACUCUGGAGGGAAGCAGCCGUGUGAUGGUUGCCAGCACCGGCCUCGUGUCUCCCACCGGUCUGACCAUCGACUUCACUGAUGAUCGACUCUUCUGGUGCGACCAGAUCAGGGGCCUGAUAGAAACAGCAGCUUUGGAUGGUUCUGAUCGACGGGUCCUAAUAGAGAACCAAGUAGGACGACCCUUUGACCUCGCAGUUUUUGAGGACAGACUGUGGAUAUCUGAGUGGGAGCACCAACAGAUAAGGAGCGUCCACAAGCGGACUGGGCAGAAGCUGCAGCGUAUCCAUGGCAGCUUGGCUCAGCCAGCAUCAGUGGUGGUGGUGCAUCCCCUCGCUAAGCCAGGAGCAAAUGCUUGUCUUCACCUGAAUGGAGGUUGUGCUCAGAUGUGUGAAAGCAACCAGGGACUUUCACAUUGCUCCUGUUUGCCUCACUUCACCCUGUCAGCUGAUGGAAAAAGCUGCUUGUCUGUCAGUUCUUCAAAUGUUUCUGCAGAAUCUGGCGAUAAAACCUCCAACCUAACUUCUCUGAAAAACAAAACAUUACAUGAGGAGAGCAUCAUCCCACUGGCGGGUGAUGAUAGGAAGGCUGAAGGUACUGACCCAGCUCUGUUCACAGAAAAGAUGAUUGCAGACCAGAAUGAAUGUUCCUCGCUCCGCUGUGCUGUGAGUGCCAGGUGUGUGCUGGAUGCUGGGAACCCUCUCUGUUUGUGUCAGGAAGGCUUUACAGGUGACGGACAGACAUGUCUGGCACUGGACCGCACUUCGCCGAAGGCAACAUCUCAAACUCCCAUGGAUGUGACGACCCAGCACCACAUCAGCAACUCAGCAGAGAAGUGCCCUCCCAGCCAUGAUGCCUACUGUCUGCACCACGGAGUCUGUUUCUACUUUCCUGAGCUAAAGUCCUAUGCCUGCAACUGUAUCCGAGGCUACUUAGGGGCAAGAUGUCAGUUCAGUGACCUGGAAUGGCUGGAGCUCCAACAGGCUGAGAAGGAGAAGGAGAGAAAUCUGGUCAUUGGAGGCUGCAUGGUGGCGCUCAUUUCCAUCAUUUCCAUCACAGCCUGUAUCACCUACUGUUUCCGAUCUAAGAGACUCGUCCUCAAACAGACCUCAGAGGAUAAUGUGAGUGAGAUCAGCAUGACUGAUGGGAGCAUGUCUGAGACGACCACCACCAGCGUUCCUCGUUUCUUCAUGAUAACAGAAAAUGGUGAGAACAAGGAGGCCAUCCACCCAGAUCCAAGGAGAGCUGCCUGCUCACCAUGUGCUACAGAAACAGCCAUCAAACCUAUGUCUGAACAGCCAACAUCAAUUUUCAAACAUGACAAAGAAUAUGGGAAUUUGAAGCUUCCAGAUGUGACCACAGAGAUUGUCCAGCCUGCUGCCCGACCUGCCGCUUAGCCUGACGCCCAGCCUGAUGCCUAGCCUGAUGCCCAGCCUGAUGCCCAGCCUGCCGCCCAGCCUGCCGCCCAGCCUGAUGCCUAGCCUGAUGCCCAGCCUGACGCCCAGCGCUCGAGUACUUCACCAUCAAACUCAAACACAGACAAUUCUUCAUCUGUCAAACCAGAAACAAAAUAAUACUCCUACGUCACAGUCACCUCCUUCCUAUUUCAGAAGAACCCAAAACAAAGCUGGACCGCUCUGUAGCAUGUAGAAGUAUGAAGAUAUAUUCUAUGAAGUCCAUUAUUCCAUCAGAACCAGGAAGACGGGAUUUUAUCCUGAUUAAAUCUCCAUUCCAUGUGGUUUGCUUUCAGUUCACACAACAGAUAUGAUCCUUUUUUGAAUGUUUGGCAUAAAUUUAUGUGAUUUUGUUAAACUUCAGAUUUCCUCAACUGUGACUCUUGCUAGCUUAAUGUCCAUUAGCAUUUGCAAAAAGAAUGACAUAGUUUCAU